AUGGCCGCCUCCACCUUACCACCUCCACCGUCGCCAGUGUAUUUUUCGUCGUCGUCUCCCGUUCCGGCGCCGCCGUAUUUCACCACGGAAACUCGGUGUUUUAUGACGACGGUCGUUACUGGUUCAUUAGUUUUUCUAAGAUCUCCAGGGCCUCACCGUCACGGGGAAUCAGCAAAUCGCAUAAGAAUCCACUUAUUUAAAUUCCGGAACAACGUUUUUACGACCUCGAACACGUAA